AUGCGCGAAGACGGACAGCCGCCUUGUACACGAUGCCGGAAGAGAGGCUUACCAUGUACGGUCAACAAGAGUCUACAGAUGAUCCUGGAGAGCGAUGCGUCCUGGAAGGAGCGCAUGGAAAGCAAACUGACAAUGUUGGAAGCUGGAUUGAAUGUUGUUUCUGGUCACCUGGGAGUGUCUCUUCUGAUAGAUUCCGGCCAAACAAGAGAAUAUUCUGCCCACACGCCGAGCUCAUCAUCUCCGCCGCCACCGCGGCGGCCCUCUAUCAACGAUGAUCAUCAUCCACCUCAGAAUUUUGAGAUCGUGAUGGAUCCGGAAUCGGGACCAGCGGCACUUCCAGGCUCAGUGGUGUCUCCGGUUAUCGGAGCGGAUGGACAGUCUCGAGACCGGGCGGGACAGGAUGUCAUACGUCGUGGCAUUGUCACCCUUGAACGAGCUCAAUCUUAUCUCGACGUCUAUCAAAAUCGCCUGGACCAUUUUCUCUAUCGUAUUCUAGGCGAUCGACGUACACUCGCAGAAGUUCGGUCUGCGUCACCGCUCCUCCUCGCUGCCGUCUGCACGGUUGGAGCGUUACAUUUGACUUGCGCUGAUUUUGAAAAGUGCUACAAGGAAUUCGUCGCAAUAGCCGCCGCUCAGACCUUUUCGCGCCGAAAUAAUGUGGACGAUGUCCGAGGUCUGUGUAUUGCGGCAUUCUGGCUGAGCGGCAUCACCUGGCCAUGCAUAGGAUCAGCUGUUCGCAUUGCUACGGAGCUUCAACUACAUAGGAGCAUUUUCAAGGCGCUUUCGGGAGACCGGGACCACUACCUUCGGACGCGUCUAUACUACCUCGUUUACGUUUGCGAUCAUCAAUCCUCGAUCGCAUAUGGUCGACCGCCCAUGACACGUCAAUGCGAUUCUAUCAGCGCCGCAUCGCGGUUCAUCGAGACCGAGCACAUAUGUGAAGAUGACCUCCGCCUGGUCUCUCAGGUUCAUUUCUGGACGACAAUAACCGAAGGUCAUUCGACAUUCGGUGUGGAUGUUGAUAGACCACUCGACCUGUCCACCAUCGAACUUCUCCGACGCCUAAGCAUCAAACUUGACGGCGUCCGAUCGGACUGGACCGAGCGUUUCACGCGUAACGAAUACGUGGGAAACUACCCUCGGAAAGGCGUUGGCCUCCAUUACCACUUCGCGAAGCUCUACCUUUAUUCCAUGGCGUUCCGCGGCGUUGAUCGUCCGGGCUUCAAAGAUGUCUCAGUCGCCUUGGACAUUGAGGAGCUCGCGCGUGUCGCUCUACUUUCCGCGACAGCCAUACUGCGUGCGAUCAUUCACGAUGCCGAGAUCCAGGGCUAUCUGAACGGGCUCCCGACCUACUUCGAUGUGAUGAUCGCGUUUGUCAUCGUCUUCCUCCUCAAAGUCUCCUCGCCAAAGUACAGCCCGUUCGUCGUGCGCGUGGACACGGGUGAGAUGCACAGCCUUGUCGCCGAAGUCAUCUCGGUAUUGAAGACAGUAACUGCUGGCAUGCAUCGGAGCCAUCUCCUGGUAAGCGUCGUACACGGAGCUGCUGAUUUGCUCGAGAAAUGCACGACUGCAGCAGACGGCUGUCAUAGCGAUCGCGUACAUCUCGAUUGUACCGCAGACCCGGCGCACCCACCUGGUACUGUGGAACACCAUCACACCAUUGGCGAUGAUAAUCUCCUCGACGGCUCGUUAUUCUGGAACGGCGCGCCAUGGGAUAACCUCCUCAUGGGCGAAUUUGACUUACUCGCAUCGAACGAUGCGUUGCCGAAUGGUGGUUUGCUGCCAGGUGCAUAUUCAACAUGA